AUGGAGCUGAACAGAGGCGGAACAGGGGUUGGACAGCAGCUCUGGAAGCGAGCGGGCGAGAGGGAGACCGAGCUGAGCGGAGAAGCGGUGGAGCGCACGGCGUCGCGCGGGCGGCGGUGCGGCGGCUCCGGUCCAAGCAACGCCAAUCGCUACCCCAACUCCGGUGUCCUCCCCAGAUCCGGAACCCCGAGCAGCCGAACGGAGGGGAAGACGGAGGUGCCGACGGCGGCUGGAAUGGGUGAGGGAGAGGCGGAGAUGAACGACGGAGCGGUGGAGCGGAGGAGGGAGAGGGGGCGGAGAUGCGCGGACGGCAGCACGGCGGCGAGCUCGGGUGGAGCAAGGCGGAGGGGCGGUUCUUUGUGGCGUGCGUUCGCUCGGAGCGUGAGAUGCGCUGCCGGGCUGCCGGGAGACGAGAGCAGCGACGGUGUGGCUCCGGCGGCGUUGGGAUGCGGCGUGGACAGCGGCACGGCGUCGGCUGGGCGUCGAGCGAGAGGCGAGCGGGUACGCGGGACUUCAGUGCCGCAGAUUGGCGACGGUAAGGCGAAGCAAAGGCGUUCGGGUCGCGGCUGUUGCAAGGGUCUCAAAUCCGUCGGCAUCGGGCUUCACGGACAGCGAGCGAAGGAGAGAUCUGCUGGGCAAUCGCGGGCGAGUGGCGAGCAAGGCGGAGCGGCGUCGGGGGAGUCGCAAACGUCUAGGCCGGCGUCGCGGGUUGCUCGCGAAGGAGGCGCGGUGGGGCAAGACGGCAGAUCUCGGACCAGCGCGGGUUGCGGGCGGAUCGCGAACGCAGCAGCGGGCGUGAAGCGUCGUCGUGGCGAUAGGUGUUCCAAUGCGGCUGAGCGGCGAUGCUCGGAGACGCCGAGUAGGGGCUCGGAUGCGUGGCAACGACGGACGAGGUCGCGAUCAGCAGGGCAAGCUUCUGUGGAUCGGGUAGAGGUGCAAAUUCGGCUCAGGUGA